UAUAUUUUCGGUAAUAAAAAACAAAACAAGUCGCAAUCACAGACUUUGACUUAUUUUUAACUCCACCUGUUUUUAUGAUCAAAGUCCAAAGUUCACAAGUCGUUUGUGUGUAGCGUCGAGCUUAACUGUGCCAUUAUUUGUCGAUCAUUGGCGCAUAGAAGUUGUUCAAAAUUAGUGAAUCCGAAACUCGUCGUUAAAAUGAUUCGUAGUGCAAAGAUCAUUCUGCAAUCUAGCAGGACCCAAAAUGCCCUACUUAAGAGAUUUGUUAGUGCAUCACCUGUGCAUUGCAAAACUGUAACAAACAAUGAAAAGCAAGGCUCUGCGCCCACAGAGGAUUUGUCUUUUACAAUGAAUUUAUUUAGGGGUCAAGUUCAGGGUAAGGAAGUAUUCCCAUAUCCAAAUGUGUUAACUGAAGAAACUAAAGAGACUGCCCAGAUGCUUGUUGACCCAAUAACAAAAUUCUUUGAGGAAGUUAAUGAUGCCGCUAAAAAUGAUUCGAAUGAGAAAGUUGAUGAUAAAUCAUUGGAAGGACUCUGGGAUAUGUGUGCAUUUGGGCUUCAAGUACCACAGGAUCUGGGUGGUUUAGGACUGACAAACACACAGUAUGCUAGAAUGGUUGAAAUUGUUGGUAGUUAUGAUUUAGGGGUGGGCAUCACAUUAGGAGCACAUCAGUCUAUUGGAUUCAAAGGCAUUUUACUUUAUGGUAAUCCUGCUCAGAAACAAAAAUAUCUACCCCGAGUUACAACUGGAAAAGAAUAUGCUGCAUUCUGCUUAACAGAACCAUCAUCUGGUUCAGAUGCUGGUUCGAUUAGAACAAAAGCCGUUUUGUCACCGGAUGGAAAACAUUACAUUAUGAACGGUUCAAAAAUUUGGAUCAGUAAUGGUGGAAUCGCAGAUAUUAUGACUGUAUUCGCUCAAACGCCAGUCACCGAUCCAAAAACGGGAAAAACGAAAGAUAAAGUAACUGCCUUUAUUGUUGAACGUUCAUUCGGUGGAGUCACUAAUGGCGCUCCAGAAAAAAAAAUGGGUAUCAAAGCAUCCAAUACGGCUGAGGUUUACUAUGAAGAUGUUAAAAUUCCCAUUGAGAACGUGCUGGGUGGCGUCGGAAAUGGCUUCAAGGUAGCCAUGAACAUUUUGAAUAAUGGUAGAUUUGGUAUGGCGGCUGCUCUCUCCGGUACAAUGAGAGCUUGCACAAAAAAAGCCGUCGAAUUUGCGACGUCUCGUGUUCAGUUUGGAAAGAAGAUUGAUACCUACGGUGGAAUUCAAGAAAAGUUGGCACGUAUGUCAAUGUUGCACUACGUCACAGAAUCUCUGGCUUAUAUGAUUUCUGGAAACAUGGACAAAGGUUCCCAGCAUUACCAUUUAGAAGCAGCUAUUUCUAAGGUAUUCGCAUCGGAAGCUGCUUGGUACGUGUGCGAUGAAUCAAUUCAGAUCAUGGGAGGCAUGGGUUUCAUGAAAGAUACUGGUCUAGAACGUGUGUUAAGAGAUUUGAGAAUUUUCAGAAUUUUUGAAGGAACCAAUGACAUUUUGAGAUUGUUCGUUGCAUUAACUGGUAUCCAAUACGCCGGUGCUCAUUUGAAGGAACUCCAGAAUGCCUUCAAAAACCCAACCGCUAAUUUGGGGUUGAUCUUUGAAGAAGCAUCGAAACGCGUCGUCAGAACUGUCGGAUUAAGCUCUCCGCCUUCCAUGGAUUAUUUGGUUCACAAGGAUCUGACGCCAUCCGCUUCAUUGGUAUCUAAGGGUAUUGAUACUUUUGGACAAUCCGUGGAGAGCGUAUUGAUCAAAUACGGCAAGAAUAUCGUUGAUGAGCAAUAUAUCUUGAACAGACUUGCAAAUGCUGCUAUCGAUAUAUACACCAGCGCCGUUGUUAUUUCUAGGGCCAGCAAAUCUUUGAACGAAAACAUUUCCACAGCUCAACAUGAAAAGUUGAUGGCAGAAGCUUGGUGUCUAGAGGCUUCUGAAAGGGUGACACAAAAUCUGAAAACUAUCUCUUCUGGAAAGAAUUUAGAUAAUUUCACCAAACUCAGUACAAUUGCCAAAACUGUAUGCGAAAACGGCGGCACAGUGCAGUUGAAUCCACUAGGAUUUUAAAUAUAAUUUAUUUCUUUUUUUUUAUAUAAAUCAAAUAUCCAUGAGCAUCGUCAUUGGAUGGUGCGUUUUUAUAUUUAUGCAAUUGCAAAAUUUUAUACAAUUUAGAAUUAAUUAAAAUCGAUUAUUUUGA